AUGGAUUGUGAAAUACAUAAAGAAGAUGGAAAAUCUGAAGAAAUAAUUGAAGAUGAGUUAGUAUUUGUAGAUAUUCCAGAAUUUUUAUGUUUUAAUAUUUUGGGAGAUGCAACAAUAGAAACCUCACAGCUGAUAUAUGAUGAUAAAAAAGAUCUACAUCAUAUGAAACUAAGUUUAAAUGUGCCAAAUGAAGAUGCAAUUCUAUUUCAUCUAGAAGGAAAGCGUAUUGAAACAAAAGGUACAUGUAUGUUCUUUAAAGUAUUUGAAGAGAAAGAUACUUCCGAAGAAGAUAAAUUAAAAAUAUCAGAUAUAGACUAUAUAGGAUGUUGUAAAUAUGUUUCACAAUUAUAUAUUAAGAGACCAGAUGAAAUUUAA